AUGGACAAAAAAGAGUAAAUUUUAUUUAGGUCUGACCUAGCACUUUGCCACUUCUGUGAUGAGACUGUUAACACUUAUAUAAUCCCUGAAACGACCUAUGUAACAAUAAUCGUUAUCUGCUUGGUUAUCCUGAUUUUUGGAAUCUGGUCUGUCUGCCUUCUACCUUUUGCAAUUCCUCUAUCUAAAGCAAUGGUAACUAGAUGUAGAAAAUGCCAAGGGAAGCUAAAAGUAAGGCAGCCGUAUGGGUUAUCAGGGCUUAAAGAUGAAGUUUUGUCAUUUAAAUGUGGGCAAUGCGCAAUUGUUUUUUCAAGAAGCUAUUUGGUAUCAAUACUUACAGUGAUUAUUUUUAUUAUUAUAUUAAAUUACAAUAAAUAAUCCAUUUUUUUUUUAUAAAAAAAAAAAAUAAAAAUUUUCAUAAAGCAGAAUAUUUUGUUUUGGGGCACUGAUGAACAUAUAAAAUCCUAUGAAUAUUCUUCAGCCAGUUGGCAUGAAUAUGUUCACGACUGCGGCUCAGAAGUUCUACUUCAAAACAGCGUCAAAGCCCACGACACUUUUGCAAGAAAAUACCUAGGGAAAACGAUUAGCUGGGAAGGAUAUUUAGUAAAAGCUACUGAAAACCAAGGUAGCUGAUUCAGAGGCGACCAUGCAGUAAUUUUGCUAGUAAAAAUGAUCCCAAGUGAGUCAGAUAUCCACGCUGACUUGAUUUUGUCAAUGGACGACCACGAUUUCCAAAAAAAUAUUCAAGCGUUAAGUUCCCUUGAUAAAGGCUCAGAAUUUAGGUUUAAUGCGACUUUUAUUUCAGUCGGGGACGAAAACAGCCUGCACCAUCUCCAUGCGGAUUCAAUAGAAAAACUAUCAGGUUUUAUGGCAAUUCCAGCCCAUCUCCACAAUGUGAACCAAAGAUACACCCCAAAAACUCCCAGUGUGCAAAUCGUCAAUAUAGAAAACGUAAAACCUGAAAUAAAACACAACGAUACCCAUACAUAUAGCGACUCAGACCAAGAAAACCCUCAUGCUUAA